GAGAGAGAGAGAGAGAGAGAGAGAGAGAGAGAGAGAGAGAGAGAGAGAGAGAGAGAGGACCUCAGUCCACUUUUAGAUUUUAGGCAACAAUAAAAUUCUUUCUCUUAAACUUUUUAUUCAUGCACAUUUACAUGUACAUUUCUUACUUUACAGCUAUGGGAGGAGCAUCAUUUAGUCAGCCAUGGAGGUCUAUGCCAUGGACCAACGAGGAGAAUCUCAAUUUUAUUAAAUCUUACAAACCUCAAAACAAUGAUGUCGAAAAUCUCAGAAUUCUGCUUCAUGGACCAGUCGGUGCUGGCAAGUCCAGUUUCAUCAACUCUCUUGAAAGUGUUUUACUCGGCAGAGUUACCGGUCGAGUUAUGACGGAUACAAUCUCUGCGAACAGCUUUACCAAAAAGUACAAAGCUUUUAAAAUCCACAAAGACCCCAAGAGCUUUUACCCUUUCAUUUUCAAUGACACCAUGGGCUUUGAGCAAAGGAAUGGAAUGAAUGUGGAAGACAUCAAACUGGCCCUGAUGGGACAUGUGACAGAAGGUUACAAGCCCAUUCCUGGAGUCCAGUUGAAGGAAAGUGAUCAAGAAUACAACUCAUGUCCCUCUCUGGACGACAAGGUUCACGCUCUGGUUUGUGUCAUGCCUGCCGACUUGGUAUCUUUAAUAAGUGAUGAAGUUGUGAAGAAGAUGAGAGACGUCAGACUAGCAGCCAGUGACAUGGGGAUUCCACAACUGGCUAUUCUCACCAAAGUUGAUGAAGCCUGUCCUGAGGUGAAGAACAACAUAAAAAAUGUCUACGAGAGCAUAUACCUAAAGGAACAGGUCGACAAAUUCAGCUUGAUGCUGGGAAUUCCACAAAACUGCAUAUUUCUUGUGAAGAACUACGAAUCAGAACUCCAAACAAAUGAAGACAUUAAUGGGCCGAUACUGAUCGCAUUGAGACAGAUGAUUGUCUAUGGAGAAGACUUCAUCAACAACCUGUAGACCCACAUACUGCUGAGCUGAGACAGACCUUAGGAUCAAAGCAUGAAAACAACACUACUCUCAAGAGUCUUUUUCUGAAGAGUAAUGUGUAGGGUACUUAAAAAAAGAAAAUGUCAAGCAUGUUAUGGAUAUACUGUAUCAUUUAUAUGAUACAAUGCCAUGUACAUCAGCAUUGUAUCAUGUGAGGCUUCAUUCCUGGCUUUUUAAUUUAAUUGGAAAUUCUGUUUGAAAUGUGUUUGUUUCUGUGAUUGGCUGCUCAUUCAGAUCGAAGCAACAGCUUCACUUGUCCCUAAGAAAACUCAUCAAGUUUGAAGACAAGGUGUUUGCAUGUGGUUAUACUCACAACUGUCCAUGGUAAAAGGUUUUAUGGUCCAAAUAAACUAUGCUGCCGUCGUCAUUGUCAGCAUAUUUGUUUAUUUCACAUUAA